AUGGGAACAUCGACGCUGGCGCAGCAUCGAACGCCGGCGCAGUACGCAUGCUACUUGCUGCGCUCUUUAUCGCGGCCAAACCAUACUUAUGUAGGCUCGACGCCUGACCCAGUGCGUAGAAUCCGCCAGCACAACGGGCUCAUAAAGCACGGUGCAUUUAUGACGCGCAUGGCGCGGCCGUGGACGAUGGACGCGUUGGUAUUUGGCUUCCCUUCUCGGAUCGCCGCGCUGCAGUUUGAAUGGUCGUGGCAGUCGCCGCAUGUGUCACGGCAUUUGCGCGAGGCGGGCGUUUGUGGUGAUCACGCAGUCCACACGGGCCGCAGCGCGCUUCCCCUUUUCCCGUCAGACCGCGUCGAGACGUACAAAGGCCGCAACGGCAAGGUGCGCACAAAAGCCCGCGUGAGCAGUGUUCCUGAGCAGCGGCUUAUUGUCAUGCGUGCGCUCCUUGCUUCCGAGCCGUUUUGUUUCUGGGGCUUGUCUGUGGCGUUCAUGACCGAGGUUGCGUACGCCCAGUGGCUCUACCUAGAGCGGCAAGUCAAGCAAGUGCCGAGGUAUGAGCAGGGCCGCGUCACAGGCCGCACACUCUCCUCGCCAUUUCCGCGCACUGUGUGUGACUUUCGCGGCGUGGACGGACUGCGCGUGCCGCUCGAGCAAAAUGGGGCAGCGUUCCCGCCGCUGCGUGAGGCAGAAACGGCCUCGGCUUGGCAGAAAUCGCAGCAGAAGCCAAAGCGCACAAAGCAGCCAGCACCGUUGAGCGCGUGGGCAGAGGCUAUGCCGCCCGCUAGGGACGCUGCAGCGCUGAACUUUUCCUGGGCACACCUCGCCUCCGCCCCGAGCGCACACUUUCCGCCGCUGCCCAAGACGCGCGGCCGCACGCGCAAUCUUUUACCCCUCGCCGCCCCGGACCUAACUGCGGCGGAAAUUGAGCGCAGGCUGCUGGCCACCCAGCCUGCACACGUAACCUGUGCGCUGUGCAAGCAGCCGAUUCACAAACACGACCCAACUUCGUAUACCACAUGCCCCGAAGCAUCCCUCACCGACACGGGCGUCGAUGCGUGUGCAGACCACUUCCAUCUGGAAUGCCUUGCACGCACGGCGACCGACACGGCACACCAGCGCACAUUCUGCCUGCCCGUCGCAUGCCCCUGUCCUACCUGCGCAUCGCGCAGCGUGCCGUGGCCUGAUAUUGUGCGUCGCAUUUUCCGUCGCGCAGACACGGUCUAG